AUGUUCUACAACAAUAUUUUAGAAACAUCGGAAAUACCGAGGGAAUGCCACAAAAGUAUAACUAUUCCUAUUUUCAAGAAAGGACAGAAGACGCACCCAGACAACUACAGGAGCAUAACGCUGUUGAACACGCUCACGAAUCUGUUUACCAGCAUUUUGAAGGAAAGACUUAAAACUCAAAUAACAAUAAGGCUUCAGAUGAAACAGAUCCACGACCGACGCCAUAUUCAUUAUCAACCAACUAAAAGAAAAAUCAAUCGAAUUCAAUACACCAGCAGGGGUGUGUUUACAUUAUUUCUUUUAACGGACGUGAGUCGAUCUCAGAACGAAGCCGCUUUGCGGUGGUUCCUGGAGUUCGGGUCUACUCUUGAUGCGUACCGACGAAAGGUUAGAAAGCAGGUCACGAAACUUGGCCAGGAGCAUUAUGUAUUAGACGAUUAG